AUGGUUCGGGCUUCAGUAGUCUCGUCAAUUGCGACUCUCGUCGCUCUCGCUGCGAGCGAAACGGUCCGCUUGAACGUCGCCAGAUCGGCUCCAGCAUCGUCAAGUCCGCCAAUCUCACUUGAUUUCCAGUCGUUUUCCAUCGAAUUUGCAUUCCUCGUCGAUUUCAAUGGAAAUAAGUCUCAUCCGAAUAAAUUCACCAAUAAUCUCUUGACAAAUUUAAGAGCCUUUAAUGGAGAUGUUCCUCAGAUUCUUCGUAUCGGCGGGAAUACUCAGGAUCAUGUCACCUAUUUUCCCGACCAGAAAGAGCAAAUCAUCAAUUUCUGGGAUCCGUCGUACAAUUCGGAUCAGCCUCGUAAUACUUCGAUUGGCCCGACCUUUUGGGAGGCCUUUACCGCCAUUGAAGGGACAAGGUACAUUUUUGGGCUAAACUUUUACAAAAACGAUUCCACAUAUCUUGAUAACCUUCGAGGAGAGGUAGAACAGUCUUUGCUGCAGAUUCCGCCCGAGCGACUGCACCUAUUCGAAAUAGGCAACGAGAAUGAUUACGGCGCCCUGUCUGGAUUCCGACCUCCAACAUGGACCCAGCAGGAUUGGGUUGACGAGUGGGUAUACCGUUCGCGACACAUCCAAACGCCGGCCAAUCCAUUGCGUUUCUUUGCUCCUUCAACCUGCUGCUAUAACAUCACGACGCCUUACUCGUUCUUCUCCCCCUGGACAAUCUGGAAUAGUACGUUCGAUUACGAUCGAGAUGGGUGGAUCUCGGAGGUAUCCCAGCACGGAUAUGUAUCCGGAACGUCUCAGAACCCAUCUCUACAAGCAGGCACUCUCAUGAACCACACAAGCGUAGUGAUAAAUGGGACUAUCCAUCAAUCCCUUUGCAACUUGAACCACCACGCUGGCCGUAUAUACACUCUUGGCGAGACCAACAGCGUCUCUGGUCAAGGAGCAUUUGGAGUCUCCAAUGUAUUUGGAUCUGCCCUCUUCGUUCUUGACUAUGAGCUCUAUUAUGCAUCUUUCGGAGUGAACCGCAUGCACAUGCACCAGGGAACUGCUUACCGCUACGGGGCGUGGAUGCCCAUUUCUCAGAACGGCACCGGUCCAUCGACCAACCCUCCCUACUAUGGACAUGUCAUGGUUUCCAAAUUCAUCGGAAGCAACCCCAGCACGAGAAUCAACAACAUUGAUCUAAACAGUGAGUUUUACUCUGCAUACGCAGCAUACGAAGAUGGACGCCUAGCGCGAGUUGUGCUGCUGAAUCUUCACGAAUGGAACCCGAGCAGUAGCCAAGCCGAAGCCGAAGCCGAAGCAGCACCGAGCACGACGUUUACUCUUGGCACUGGCCGAGAUGGCAUUCAGUAUGCUACUGUAGAAGCAAUGACUGCUCCAGGUGCACUGUCGGAAACAAAUAUCACGGUCGCUGGGAUUAGUUACGAUUAUGACCUGGCUGAGGGAAAACCCGUGAGGGUGGCGAAACAGUACGAGAGCGUGCUCCGCCCUGAUGACAAGGGAGAGAUUUCUGUUCCAGUACGGGAUUCACAGGCAGUACUUUUGACAUUUCACUAA